AUGGGUGCCCGGCCUUUCCACCCGGAGUGGGCCCGGCCCAACACGGACAACGCGCUCCUCGAAGGCCUAAGCAAGUCGUCCGCGCUGGAGCUGCUCGCCGGCGCCAAGACGGUCACCGAGCUCCUCGGACUAUGUGUGGAUAUGCCACCAGAGGCCGAUAGAAGACGGAGGCCGGUGGCCCAGGACGAGCUGAAGAAGGAGAAGCCAGCAGAGCAACGCCAGCCAUGA